CGGCCUUGGUACGGGUCGAGCGCGCGCGGACCCUGCACCGGCCGCGGAGCCGCCAUGGGCCCGCUGGGCCCUGGGCGCCGCGCAGCGCGAGCACCGGCCUGGAGCCAGAAUUGAAGCUACAAGAUGGCUGACCAGAACCCCGGGGGCAUUAGCCCCCUCCAACAAAUGGUGGCCUCAGGCACCGGGGCUGUGGUCACCUCCCUCUUCAUGACACCCCUGGACGUGGUGAAGGUACGCUUGCAGUCUCAGCGCCCCUCCGUGGCCGGUGAGCUGAUGUCUUCCUCCAGACUCUGGAGCCUCCCCUACGCCAAAUUGCCCUCCUCUCUCCGAUCCACAGGGAAGUGCCUCCUGUACUGCAAUGGUGUCCUGGAGCCCCUGUACUUGUGCCCAAAUGGUGCCCGCUGUGCCACCUGGUUCCAGGACCCCACGCGUUUUACGGGCACCUUGGAUGCCUUUGUGAAGAUCGUGAGACAUGAAGGCACUAGGACCCUGUGGAGCGGCCUCCCAGCCACCUUGGUUAUGACUGUGCCGGCCACUGCCAUCUACUUCACCGCCUAUGACCAACUCAAGGCCUUCCUUUGUGGUCGAGCCCUGACUUCCGACCUCUACGCACCUAUGGUGGCUGGCGCACUAGCCCGCUUGGGAACCGUGACUGUGAUCAGCCCCCUGGAGCUGGUGCGGACAAAGCUGCAGGCUCAGCACGUGUCCUACCGGGAGCUGGGUGCCUGUGUCCGAGCUGCCAUGGCUCAGGGCGGCUGGCGCUCGCUGUGGCUGGGCUGGGGCCCCACUGCCCUUCGGGAUGUGCCCUUUUCAGCCCUGUACUGGUUCAACUAUGAGCUGGUGAAGAGCUGGUUGAGCGGGCUCAGGCCAAAAGACCAGACAUCCGUGGGCAUCAGCUUUGUGGCUGGCGGCAUCUCAGGGACGGUGGCGGCCAUCCUGACUCUACCCUUUGACGUGGUGAAGACGCAACGCCAGGUCGCACUGGGCGCGGUGGAGGCUGUGAGAGUGACGCCCCCACACGCCGACUCCACCUGGCUGCUGCUGCGGAGGAUCCGGGCUGAGUCUGGCACCAGGGGACUCUUUGCAGGCUUUCUCCCGAGGAUCAUCAAGGCUGCCCCCUCCUGUGCCAUCAUGAUCAGCACUUACGAGUUUGGCAAAAGCUUCUUCCAGAGGCUCAACAGAGAACAGCCUCUGGGCUCUUAAAAGGAGCCAGGGGACAAGGACCCUAUCUCUUCCAUGGAUGGGGGUGGGGCAGAAGGAGACUGAGCCAAGUGCCUUGUCCUCAGCACUGAGGGGAGGGGCCUCAUUUCCCUUCCCUCUCAACUAUGAGCUCCAGGGGUUGGGGCUACCCCUCUAGGUCUGCCAAGGCCCCCCUAAAACAGCUUUCUUCUUGCUGUUCCUCAUUCCCAAGCCCCAAGGAUAAUCACUUUUCCAGCCCCCCCCGCCCCGACCAAGUUCAAGACCAAAUCUGAUAACUGCCCCCUCCCUUCCCACCAUUUCGUUGUGUUUGCUGUAGCUGGGUCUGCUUCUGGGAGCCACAAAACCCUGGGCCUGGUGUAGUCUGCACCCUUCCCUGUUAAUUCCUUGAGUCUAAAGAUGAUGAACUUCUCUCC